AUGUCCUCCAAUCAAUUAAUAAUAACCGACAAGCAGUGGCAAUUACUUGUCGAUAGAGUCAAAUCACACCAACAAUCGAAUGAGUUCAGAUACCUUAUUUCCGUAGCAGGUGUGCCCGGUGCUGGGAAGACCACGUUUGCAAAUAAAAUGGCAAUGGAAUUGUCGAAACAAGUUGCACCGACCAUGGUCCUCUCUCAAGACGGGUUCCAUCUAUACAGAUCUGAAUUACAGGCAAUGCCUAAUGCAGAAGAGGCGAUAAGACGAAGAGGAGCCCCCUUUACAUUCAAUGCAAAGGCAUUUGUCAGUUUGGUGUCCCAGUUAAAGGACAAAAGCAACACAGUGAAAGCUCCUUCAUUUGAUCACAAAGUGAAAGAUCCUAUUGAGGAUGACAUUGUGAUAGACCCAUCGGUGGAUAUAGUGAUAAUUGAGGGCAACUACACAUCCCUUAAGGAUGAAAGUUGGGCCGAUCUAAGUCUUUUUGUUGAUGACACCUGGUUCAUUUCCACCCCAGAAUCAGUCGUGAGAUCCCGGAUUAUAAAACGUCACUUGGAGGCUGGUAUAGCCAAUAAUGAGGAAGAGGCAAUUGAGAGGGCUGACGGAAGUGACUUGCAAAAUGCGAAAUAUAUCAUCGAGAACUCAAAAAUUACAAAUGUUUCAAUACUAGCUGAAUAG